ACGUACCUCUUCCUCCUACGAUAACACACAUAGAAAUCUACUAGGCGACAUGGACCACGACGUUGGAAUCAAGCAGCUCAAGUCGGGAGAGGUCAACCUCGGUACCUCGAUCAUGGCCGUCCAAUUCAAGGAUGGAGUGGUCAUCGGCGCCGACAGUCGAACGACAACGGGCAGCUAUAUUGCCAACCGAGUUACGGACAAGCUCACCUGCGUGGAUGAACGAAUCUAUUGCUGUCGGUCAGGAUCCGCUGCGGACACGCAGGCGGUGGCCGACAUUGUGCACUACUACCUCCAGAUGUACACCCAAUCCAUGGGCCCGCCCUCCGUACACACCGCAGCCGCCCUCUUCCAACGGUUAUGUUACGAGAACAAGGAUGCACUCAGUGCUGGUAUCAUUGUCGCCGGCUGGGACGAGGAGGUGGGACCCAGUGUAUACAACAUUCCGCUAGGUGGCGGCCUGUUCCGGCAACCGUGGGCGAUCGGCGGCUCCGGCUCGACAUACGUAUACGGUUACUGCGACGCAACGUUCCAGGAAGGCUGGGGCAAAGACCAGACGGUUGACUUCGUCAAGAACACACUGUCGCUCGCCAUGGCGCGCGACGGCUCCUCUGGCGGCGUGAUCCGCAUGUGCGUCAUCACCAAGGACGGCGCUGAGCGGUUGUUUGUGCCGGGCGACCAAUUGCCCAAGUUUUGGGAGGGCCGGGAGGUGCUCAGCAUGCCUGGAAAAGCGGCCACCGCGGCGACGGCGGCACCCAUGGCUGUCGAAUCGUAAUCGGAUGUGUUCUUGUAAUUCUAUCGCACCCGUCGCCGCGUUUUCAUCUAUCCCUAAAUCGCGAAGGCUUCUGGCUCCGCGGGCGGGCCCUUGGGGUUGCGUGAUAUGUCAGACUUUGGCGCACGACGGCAUUGUUACGAGAGCACGGCGACC